AUGAAAAGUGGAUACACUACGAUAAUCCUAAGCGUAGAAAAUCGUGGGCACGAAAAAUGCUCAGAGUCUUGGUGCGAAUGGAAGAAGGCGCAAGCAACGGGUUCCUUAGACUCCUUUCAUCAUAAACCGGCACUAUCGAACAAAGUUUUUGAAGCCAUCAGACCAAUCUACGAGGAUUUGAGCCGUGACAAGUUGCUGAAUCGUUGCUUGGGAGGCUAUACGCAGAACAGCAACGAAAGUUUUAAUUCUACAGUCUGGCACUUGGCUCCUAAAAAUUAUUCAAGCGGAAAGAAAAUAUUACAAAUAGCAAGUGACAUUGCUGUUUGUAAUUUUAAUGAUGGACUGAUAAACGUUUUAAGAAUAAUGAAAGUGAUGGACAUAAACAUUGGACCACAAUCCUACAACUUUUGCUUAGAGACGUACGCUGCUCGAAUACAAUGCGCGGAGCGCUCUUUGACGGACGCAGCGAAAGAGGCUCGCUCCAGCAUAAAAGCGUCCAGGAAAGAAAACGAGGAGGAGUUUAGCAACCUGAAAGGUCAGCUUUAUGGUGCUGGAAUAGCAGAUUAA